UCUGGGCACACUGCGACGGCGCGCAUUUUGCUGAUGAUUCCGGAAUUGCUUUGAAUAUCUUAUAUCCACUGAACUAAUCACCGAUAUUCAUCAUGGAGGUGGUAAAGCGUGGCUUCCUCCGCGCCUGCAAGAACCACAGCUACCUGAGCUACGAGCUGAUCGACAAAAUCCUGGGCCCGCUGUGCGCCCGCCACAAAGUACCAAUCCCCUCCAGCAAGGAGGCCAUCAAAGCAAUAGUGAGCGAAAUAAACGACACCAUCAGCGAUUUGGGGCAGUCGCUCGUCUUCAUCAAGUAUCCGAUCAAGGGCGAGGAGUACCUGGUGUACGCCAAGACGGACGCCACGCCCGACAAUGUGGCCAACACCGGAUUGUCAGCCGACGACUGCCAGUACUUUUCCAAACUGCUGGACAAGAUCGCCUCCGAGGAGGAUUGUCACAUUCCCUGGAAUGCCGCCUACAAUGACCUUGGUUUGCAGGGCACAUCGAAGCCGCUGAAGAAGAGCCGCAUGCAGGAACUGCUGCACACUUGGACCCAAAUGGGCUACUUCAUGGAGCUGGACGAGAGAAUCUACCUGGGACCGCGCAGCCUCGUCGAGCUGAGCUUCUACCUGGCCUCCAAUCACGGGGAGCACAUCAAGAACUGCAUGCUCUGCAAGUGCCUGGUGCUGUGGGACAUCCGCUGUGGGUCCUGCAACAUCCAGUUCCAUCGCGAGUGCAUCAACACCUACCUUCAGCGACGCGACAUUUGCCCGUCCUGCGGCAACCUGUGGACAACGCCUUUAAGGCGUUCCACCAGUCAAUCUUCAUAAAUGCCAUUUUUGAUAACUAUAGUAUAGAUUUCGAAUAGUACCUUACCCAUGUUUAUCGGUAUUAACUAAGUGAUUAAAAGGUAAAAAAUAAACAAACUGUUCAAAUUAA